AUGCCACCUCCACGUCCCGAGUCCCAGGAGCCAGAGGAGGACUCGUCUGAGGAGACCUCCUCUUCAGAGGCCGAGCAGGAGCAGCCACCGCCCAUCGCCUCUGCAGAGGCAGCUGCCUCCAGGGCAGCGGCCUUAGCAGAGCAACUUGCUGCCCGGACAGCAAUCACGGCCAUCGCCAAGGCUCCAGCGCCUUCUCCAGGCCGGGAGGCCCGCAACAACGGUUCGGCCUCACCCUUUGCGCGGCCUCGGGAGACCGGACCUUCGGUGGAGGUAGAGCCAUUGAUCUUAGAAGCGGAGCCACAGGAUCUGGUGGUGAUUGGCAACGCAGCGAACUGCGGCGCCUGGAUUGGAAAGGCCAUUACAGAAAGCCAGUUUGUGGCAGUGGUGAAGACACCCGUCGCACCUAGCACUUCUGUCAUCGUUGAUGCUCGACUGGCAGAGGAGGCGAACAUUAAGCCUGAGUUGUUACAGCGACGUUGGAUGGCUUUGCGUGUCCGACGGCCCACCGGGGAUCCUCGCUUGCCUUUGCGGGAGCUUAGUGCUCUUUGUGAUCAAUUGGUGCAAGCUGGUGUGGAACCACGAACCCUAGUGCCAAUUGACUCGAGGAGCUACUUGCUCAUGAGUCGAGAACAUGUGCACGUCUCGGUGACCGCAUUGGUGCAAUGUGGCCAUUUGGUGUCUCCAGCAAGACGCGUGGUAACUGCGAUGCAACUUCCAGAUGCUUCACCUGAAUUGCCAGAGCCGCAGGUGGGCGCAUGGAAGUUGACUCAGCGUCAUAGCCCAAACAUUACAAAGGACUUCACCGGGGGAGAUCUCUUCCAGUCCACCUUGAGAGUGCAGGCAAAGUGCGGCCUCUAUGCUGAAGUGCGCGCAGCCGAUCGCUCCGAGGUCUCCUCUGCAUUCCAUGCCCAACAAAGCUCCUUUGGCACGCUUCGCUUGGGUGGGGACGCUGGAGCUUGGCGGGAUUCCAUCGUGGAGUUCCAGCCAUCAAAAGGAUCGCCGCCUGCAUCACUUCGCUUUACCAUGCAAUGCGAUGACAAAGAACUGAAGGAGGAGACUGUACCGGCACAAGGAUCUCAAGGUGUGACUGAAAUCUGGUCAAAGAUCCCAUUGUCUGAGAGGGUUACCGCUUUGGAGCUGGAUUCUGAUACGGCCAAUGGUCGUGCUGGGAUUUGGAUGUUUGCCGGAAAUCUUUUUCUCCGCAUUAUAGGUGUACCACGAACCGAGAGCCUUCUUGGCUCCCACUGUUGCAGAUCCUUGUCACAGCUCGAAUAUUUCCAUGGGAUCGACGCGGUUCAGAAUGAGCUGCGAAAGUUUGAAGUGCUCGUGGGAGAAGUGGAACAACCUGGAGUCCUCCGAGCACAUCGCUGCACGUGGCAGGAUGAUGCAGUACCCAAUCCUAUAGGGCAGUUUCUUUUGGAUGCUCGCCCCAACGCGGAGAGUGGUGGAUCUGCGGAGGUGCAGCUGGAGAAUGGCUGUGUUUUGCACCAAGAUCCCGAUGGCAAACAGCUUCGUUGGCGCAUCCAUGAAUGGGGCCCCGAUCCCUUCACCGUACCAGAGCCAAGUGUGGAAAGCGAGCCAGAGCCUGCUCAAGACGCCCAGCAGGCAAGCGAGAGUGAGAGCGAAAGUGUCCGCAAGAAAAAGGACAUUAAGGCAGCAUCGAAGGGUGCUGCUCCCAAGGGUAAGGCCAAAGCACAGGCUCAAAGUGCAAAAAAGGAGGAGAAAGACUCAGAUGAAGAGACUGAAGAGAAGACUGAAGAGAAGAAGGAGAAGGAGCACAAAAAGAAGAAACACAAGAAAGACAAAAAUAAGGAAAAGGACAAGGAGAAGGAUGAUGAAAAGGAUCGAAAGAGGGGCAGCAGUAGAUCCAGAUCCUCGUCUGAAGUCAAAAAGAAAAAAAAAGAAAGACAAGUCACGAGGUCGCAGUGA